AAAGGAAGAGUGUUGGGCAGGGAAACGGAAAUGUCAAACGAGUAAGCAGGAUGCGACACAGAAUACCUUCUCUUUAAACUGUAGGAUGGUUUGUUAAUUAUUAAGAAGAAAAAGUCAUAUAAUAUUGCCAGAAACCAAACUGCAGCUAUGACGAAUGUCUACUCCUUUGACGGCAUCCUUGUGUUUGGGCUGCUGUUCAUCUGCACUUGUGCGUACCUCAAAAAGGUGCCUCGUCUCAACAGCUGGUUGCUGUCAGAGAAGAAAGGAGUGUGGGGCGUCUUCUACAAAGCUGCAAUAAUUGGGACAAGGCUUCACAUCGCCGUGGCGAUUUCCUGCUUGAUCAUGGCCUUUUACGUCAUCUUCCUGAAAUGAUAGUCACCCUGGGCUGGGCAGACUGAAUGGCUGCUGGCUGAGGACGGACUCAUCUCUGUGGUCCUGUGUUAAUCCUCGCCAUGGGGGCCGCCUCGAAGUGACGGACUAAACCCCCGCUGGGCUUCUGGACCCUUGUAAAUAUCAAACCAGUGCUGCCCCCUUCUGGAGACCAGGCGUAUAACUCUUCCCUGAAUAUGUAUGCACUACAGACAUGGAGGAUGUUGUGAAUCUACAGAUCCUACAAUUGAGAGAGCCUCCUGGUUCACUUGAUUUCAUUCUGUCGUUGGGUUGUAUUGUUAUUUGUCUUAAUUAAGACACUCACAUGAUUAUUAUUAAUGUUGUACUUUAAAACAGCAGAUUGAAGGGUGAAAUGUUCAUACACUUUACCUGUGUACAAUUUAAAAUUUGCCACACUGUACAUAUUAAAAAAAUAAUAAUAGAAAUCCAAUGAUUAAUUCCACCUGCUCCCAGUUAUACUGUUGUUUAUGUAUUGCUUUUCCUAGCACCGGUGGAGGGAAAGAUAUAGCUAAUAUAUAAAUAUGUCCUUGUCUACACUAUUUUUUUAAAAGAAUUGCUUUUAAUCUUGUACAUUUUCUUACUAGCGCCUCUUAUGUUUGACAUCUAGACAUGUUUCAGGUUUGAAGGACACUUUUUGUACAAGUUUGUUCCAUUUGUUUGAUCGUCACUGCAGACGUUUUUUGUUACAAUCAAAAACGUCAUUGUGCUUUACUGGAAUUAUAGUAAAGUACUGAAAACAAAGUAGUUCAUAUUUGUGAAGCAGAAGGAAAAUGAUGCAUGCUUUUGAAAUAAAAUGAAAAAAUAAAAAAUGUGGUGAGCAUUUGAAUUCAGACCCCCUAAGUCGACACUGCUAGAACUGUUAGUGCUGCACACUGUUUCACUUUUUUUUGGUUUGUUUUUUACCAGUUUGCAAUUCACAUUUUUGUUAAACUGCUUAAAUUCAAUUAAGGGUGUGUUUUGAUCUGGACUUAACGGUUCUGGUUGAAGGUGAACCUCCGGUUCAGUUAAAAAUCUUCAAAAUUACUUUAGUACCUUUUUGUUUCUAGGACUGAUUUCUAUAUAGAACAAUCUUAUGAACGGAACCUUACUAGUUCCUUCUACCUGCUGGAGAACAAAAUUCCCACAGCAUGAUGCUGCCACCACCAUGGUUCCAUGUGAUUCAGGAUGAUGUGCAUUGUUCGUUUUGUCACAAAUUACAUUUUACAUCUUGUUAUAAACUGCUCCACAACUUUA